AUGAAUUUGUCACUGAGUGCUAGAAAAGUUGCAAUGCCAUGUGUUGUGGAGGAGGAAACACAGUAUAUCUUCCCCGACGGAUCACCUACUCUUUUCGAGUUAUUAAAAGACUGCGACAGUUUUCGAAAAGACGACCCCAACUCCGUCGUCACCAGAAGCGACGAUCAUCUUCCUCAUCACGUAAUAAACGUCGAAGCUUUACACGUACAACGUGUGCCGUUCGUCUUAGCCUUUAACAAUCUCCAAUACAACGUUACACUUCACCGUCGGUUCAGUUUCUCCCGGCGAAGCUCCACGUCGACGGUGAAGACACUACUCGAUGAUAUUUCCGGCGAGGCAUGCGACGGAGAUAUCCUCGCCGUUCUCGGUGCAAGCGGAGCCGGAAAAUCCACGUUAAUCGAUGCAUUAGCUGGACGUGUUGCAAAAGAAAGCCUGAGAGGCUCCGUAACCCUAAACGGAGAGAAUGUUUUGCAGUCUCGAUUGUUGAAAGUGAUAUCAGCGUACAUGAUGCAAGACGAUCUUCUUUUUCCGAUGCUCACCGUUAAAGAAACCCUAAUGUUCGCUUCCGAGUUUCGUCUUCCAAGAAGCUUGUCCAAUUCGAAGAAAAUGGAGCGUGUUCAAGCCCUAAUCGACCAGCUAGGGCUCAGAAAUGCGGCGGAUACAUUAAUCGGAGACGAAGGACACCGUGGAGUCUCCGGCGGAGAGCGACGACGCGUCUCCAUCGGAAUCGACAUUAUCCACGAUCCUAUCGUCUUGUUCCUCGACGAGCCUACGUCGGGGUUGGAUUCCACAAACGCAUUUAUGGUGGUGCAAGUUCUUAAACGAAUAGCUCAAAGUGGUAGCAUCGUAAUGAUGUCGAUUCAUCAACCUAGUGCUCGAAUUCUUGAUUUUCUUGAUCGUCUCAUCAUCUUAUCUCGUGGCAAGAGUGUUUUCAAUGGAUGUCCUGCUAGUCUUCCUUCUUUCUUCUCCGAUUUCGGUCGUCCCAUCCCGGAGAGAGAGAACAUCACAGAGUUCGCACUUGAUCUCAUUAGAGAGCUUGAAAAAUCCAACGAAGGAACCAGUCAGCUAGUAGAAUUCAACGAAAAGUGGCAGAAAAAGCAACUACUUGCUCGAGCCACGACACAAACUGCAUCUCACCAAGGCUUAUCCUUGAAAGAAGCCAUCGAUGCAAGUGUUUCUAGAGGGAAACUAGUCUCAGGCUCAUCCAAAUCCAACCUCAUGUCCAUGGAAACAGUAUCUUCAUACGCAAACCCAUCGUUGUUUGAAACAUUCAUCUUAGCCAAACGUUACAUGAAAAACUGGAUCCGGACGCCUGAACUCGUAGGGACACGGAUAGCUACAGUUAUGGUGACCGGUUUUCUCUUAGCCACUGUCUAUUGGAAGCUAGAUAACACUCCGAGAGGUGCACACGAGAGAUUGACCUUCUUCGCAUUCGUCACGCCCACAAUGUUCUACUGUUGUUUAGACAAUGUCCCCGUUUUUAUCCAAGAACGAUACAUUUUCUUGAGAGAGACAAUGCACAACGCCUACAGAACAUCGUCAUACGUCAUAUCCCAUUCUCUCAUGUCCCUGCCUCAGCUAAUUGCUCCGUCCAUUGUAUUUGCCUCAAUUACAUUCUGGACCGUUGAUUUGAGCGGUGGGCUACAAGGUUUCUUCUUCUAUUGCCUCAUAAUCUUUGCUUCGUUUUGGUCUGGAUCCUCUGUCGUUACCUUCAUAUCUGGUGUUCUUCCGAAUAUCAUGUUAUGUUACAUGGUCGCCAUUUCUUAUCUCGCCUACUGUUUACUCUUGAGUGGAUUUUACGUCAACCGAGAUCGUAUACCGAGUUACUGGAUGUGGUUUCAUUACAUUUCAGUGCUCAAGUAUCCCUACGAAGCUGUGUUAAUCAACGAGUUUGAUGACUCGUCUCGUUGCUUUGUUAAAGGAGUUCAAGUAUUUGACGGUACUCUUAUCGGAGGAGUGUCUGAUUCGGGAAAGGUUAAGCUCCUUGAAACUCUGGGUAGAUCUCUGAGGACGAGGAUAACGGAGUCAACAUGCUUGACGACUGGGUCUGACUUACUUUCCCAGCAAGGUAUUACUCAAUUGAGUAAGUGGGAUUGCUUGUGGAUUACGUUAGCUUGUGGCCUCUUUUUUAGGAUCUUGUUUUACAUUGCCUUGCUGUUUGGGAGCAAAAAUAAGAGGACGUGAAGGUAC